AUGAGGUCCGCCAGUUGCAUGAGACUGGCCCGCCAGUCUGCUGCGUUGAAUAGUAGCUCAAGGUCUUGUGGCCCUAGAGCUACACUUGUUAGUGCACCAUGGAGAUGGGCUCUCAGCAGACAACCAACCCGAGCUCUGUCCGCCAAGCCUGGUAUUCGGAUUAACGAGUCUUCGAGGUUUGUCAAGGAGGAGCAGGAGGAGCAUGACGUUGUCUCGCCAUUCAAGAGACAUCGCCAGAAGGAGCUGCAAGAGGACCAAAAGAGCGAAAAUCCGCUAUACCCCGAGGCUUAUCCUCGAUUAGAAUCGUCUUCCAUUAGGAAGAGCGUCCCUGAGUUCUUGCAGGCGUCUCAACAUGAGCUUUCGAACGAGCCUGUCACUUUGUCUGGGCGGAUUCGGUCGAAGCGUGUUGUGGGAAGCUCGCUCAUCUUCCUCGACAUUACCAACGAAUUCCAAAAAGUUCAGAUCAUGAUCAACAAGAGCAAAGUUGCUUCAGAGGAAGAGUCGCGUGUUCAUAAAUUCCGCCUUCUUAAAAACUUGAUUCAAGUUGGAGACCAUAUAUCGGCCACUGGUGUUGCCACUCGUACAAACACGGGACAGCUCUCGCUAGAGGCUCGAGAGUUGCCUGAGCUGCUGUCCCCAUCCAUGGAGCAAGUCCCUGAGAAGCUCACGGAUCCCAAGACCAAAAUGCAAGAGCGCCAUGUCGAUAUGUUGGUGAAUCGUGAUGUCGUCGACAUCCUGAGGCUGCGUGCCGAGAUCAUGAAGCAGAUCCGGGAUCACUUCCACUCCAAACGAUUCCUUGAAUUCCAAACACCAAUUCUUGCUGAGAACGCCGGCGGUGCGGUCGCCCGGCCGUUUGUGACCCGAGCUACAGAAUUCCGAGGCAAAGAUCUUGCGCUCAGGAUCGCGCCCGAGUUAUGGUUGAAGCGCCUUGUCGUCGGAGGCGUAGACAAGGUCUUUGAGAUGGGACCUGCCUUCCGAAACGAAGGCGUCGAUGCCACUCACAAUCCCGAGUUCACAAUGUGUGAAUUCUACAGUGCAUAUACCAAUUUACCUGAUCUCAUCAAGGAGACAGAAGAGUUGAUAUAUAGCCUUGCAAAGCACUCUCAAGAGCUGAUAUCAACACAGCUUACUACUCUGCCACCUAUCGAUCUCAGCAAGUUUACUAGGCCCUUCAAGCAAGUGGAAUUUAUCCCUGCUCUAGAGGAAGCCAUUGGGAUUCGCUUCCCGAAGCUUACUGCGGAAGAUGGCGCCCUUCCCGAGCUCCUCGCAAUCCUGAAGCUCUCAGGGAUUGAGAUUCCCGGCGAGGUGCCCACGUCUCUACCAAAGCUCCUUGAUCGACUCGCCGCGACGUAUCUGGAGCCCAUGUCCUUUACGGAGCCUAUCCUGAUCACGCACCAUCCUGCCUGCAUGUCGCCCCUUGCAAAGAGCUUCCUUUGCCCAAAGACAUAUCAACUGGUGUCUGCACGUGCAGAGCUCUUCAUCGGCGGCCGAGAGCUCGCCAACAUGUACGAAGAGGAGAACAACCCGGAGGAGCAGAAACGAAAACUUGCCGUCCACCGCAGCCUCGUCAACAAACCUGACGGCACUGUAGGAUUCGCAGAGCCGGCGGCUUUGGACAGUGACGCCGCCGAUGCCAACGCAGAGAUUGUUGAAGUUGAAGAGGAUGAGUGGGAAGCCUCCCCGCUUGACCAAAGUUAUGUAAAGGCCCUCGACUAUGGCCUUCCCCCCACUGGUGGUUGGGGAUGCGGCGUCGAGCGUCUGGUGAUGCUCUUUUCCGGCGCCAACCGCAUCAGCGACUGUUUGAGCUUCGGCACGAUACGGAAUGUCGUUGGGCUGUCAGCUGAUGAGAAGGGUAAUGAGAAAUAG